AUGUUGAUGGAGGAGUUAUAUGAUAUCAGAGAGGAAAAUGUAGGCACAGGCAAUGCAUUUACAGACAAACGAAAUGAUAACAUAGACAUCAGUGACAGUGUUUUAGAUAUGCCUGUAUAUUUUGAAGAUGACUUGGUAUGUGGAGGAGAACUAACUAUUGCAAACUAUCCACUAAGUGAUUUAUUAAUAAUAAACCCUACAGCAGCAGCUGAAAAUAUAGAAACCGGUCUUAACAACGUCAGUCAGUCUGAUCGUGCUGGUGAAUCAAACAGUCCAUUAGGAAAUAACGAAGAAGAAUCUGUGGCAGAAGUUAAAGCCUUUUUCAUCUUCGGUAAAGUUUCAGUACUUUACGGAAGAUGA